CGUCAGCCAGCAGUGCCCCGCCACCAUGACGGGCGCAGCUCUGGGCAUGCCAGGCCAACUGGCCAACAAGUCCAUUGCCGACUACAAAAAGCGUUUUCAGAUUCAGCUCGCUGCAAUCGAGGCUGAGGAACAGCGCCAGCUGGCAGUCAAGGCUGCCCAGCUACAGGCUGAAGAAGCGGCAACAGCAGAGAAGCUGCGGCUACAGGCCGAGGCAGACGCAGAUGCCCAGGCUCGCCGCAAGGAAGCCCAGGAUCUGCUGCUGCGGCAUGAAGCCAACAGCAUCGACAGACUUAAGUACUGGCACUUUGAACCGAAGGGCGACAAGGCAACACUGGAAGAGCAGCAUAAGGAGUUCAUGGCCAAGCUCGUGACCAGGUUGGUUUAUACUUGUAACCACCUACAGUCCGAGCUGGCAAACCUUCAGCGGGCUGUGCGGAACCAUWAGACUCAGCAUGAGGAUGCCACACGGGCACUGGACGCCCGUGUACUGGACCUGGAACAGGCUGUACCAGGACCAGCUGCUGGGGCUUCCAGCAGUGCAUCCUCUAGCCGCCAACUGGAGGAACGCGUUGACCACGUAGUGGCAAUGCUAGGAGACAUAAGUGCCUUCACAGAGUCGGCCACCAUAAUCCAGCGGUUCGAGUUGCUGGACACCAAGAUCAGUCAGCAACAGCAGACCGACCACAGCCACAACAACAGCUCGGCGAGGCCAUACAAGAUGCCGACGUUCUGGAUCGAGAAAUUUGAUGACUACACACAUCAAGACCCGGUCGUCUGGUGGCAAGGAUUUACAACGGAGUUGGGGAUCCACGAGGUCCCUGACCAUCUGUUCAUCAGUGCUCUGUUCAUCAACACCAAGGGAGGAUGUCAGAUCUGGCUCAGCCACAUGGCAACCAUCCACGGCGUCCAGGUUUCAGACCUGCACAAGAAGGUCACCUGGGAGGAUAUGACAAAGGAAUGGAAGAAGCGGUUCAUAGUGGAUGACGCACCCGUGCUCACCAUCAACCGCAUCUUCACGAUGGCUCAAGGGAGCACACCGACACGUGACUGGCUCACAGAUUGGCAGAAGAUCGUGGCCACGCCCGAUCUGGACUUGCCAUUUCCGCAUCUACGCCGUGAGUUCUACAACAGGUCAUGCGCUGCUCUCAGCCUCGCACUGGGUGAUCGCGAGCAGUACAACACUUUCGCAGAGAUCAUCAACAAGGCGAGAGAGAUCAUCAAGACCAACAGGGCGGCCGCACACGAGAAGUCAACGUGGCAGCCAACCUAUGUGGAGAAGAUCGGAGAGGCGACCUGCAAUGCCUUGAUCGAUUGCGGAGCAUCUCGCAACUACAUCAGCCAGGACUUCAUGGUGCGCGCCGGCCUUGGCCCACGUGUCCGGAGGAAGUCCCAGCCUACGCAAGUCACUUUGGCAGACGGUCAUACGCACAAGUCCAUCGACCGGUGCAUUGACGUCGUCCCCGUGUACUUUGCCCCUCACGCAAGUGAGGCGGUGUCCUUUGAUAUUCUGGACACCAAAUUUGACAUGAUCUUGGCCAUGUCAUGGCUGCGAAGCGAGGAUCACCCGGUGAACUUCUUCCACCGCACCGUUCACAUUUGUGAUCGGAACGGAGUAUUAGUUUCAUGCACGGUACCUCUUCCUCAUCCUUCGAUCAGCUGCCACGUGGUAUCCGCCGCAAGCAUGCGAGCAUCCAUCAUCAGAGACGACAUCGAGGAGAUGGGGGYRUGUUUUCUCCACGCCCUCCCGCCCCGAGACSCUUCAUCGACGGACUCAUCUUCAGAUCCACGCAUCAUCGAACUUCUCGACGCCUACAGCGACGUGUUCGAAGGCCCGCACGGAGUAGUAUCGGAUCGGCCCAUCCGCCACGAGAUCAUCCUCGAGGACGGGGUCGCUGGAUUCGGCCUAGCUCAUCGCCACGGUGCUCCUGUCCUCUUCGUCCGGAAGAAGAACAAGGACCUGCGGUUGUGCAUCGAUUAUCGCAAGCUCAACGCGCAGGCAAUUAGGAACGCCGGCCCUCUCCCACGCAUCGAUGACCUUCUCGAGCGAUUGGGCAGGGCCCAGUUCUUCUCUAAGUUGGAUCUCAAGUCAGGGUACCACCAACUCGAGAUUCGCAAGGAGGAUCGCUACAAGACCGCGUUUAAGACACGGUAUGGGUAUUUCGAAUGGCUGGUCAUGCCGUUUGGCCUUACGAAUGCCCCAACCACUUUCCAAGCGGCUAUGACAACGGAGUUCCAACACAUGCUGGAUCGGUUUGUACUCAUCUACCUCAACGACAUCUUGGUGUAUGGUCGGAGUUUGGCCGAGCAUGUGGAACACCUGUGCACCGGUUUGGAGCGGCUACGACAAGCCAAGUACAGAGCAAACUGCGACAAGUGCGAGUUCGCACAGCAGGAGCUAGAAUACUUGGGACACUAUGUGACGCCGCAAGGCAUCCGUCCGCUUGCGGACAAGAUCGAGGCCCUACGAGUAUGGCCCGAGCCCACCAACACCACAGACGUUCGUUCAUUCAUGGGAUUGGCGGGCUACUAUUAGCGAUUCAUCACCCGAUUCUCCAGGAUUGCUGCACCUAUGACGAGGUUACAGUCGCCAAAGGUGCCAUUCGUAUUCGAUGAC